CUCUUCUGCCACAAGAGUUCCCUGCUCGACGGUGAGGGCAGCAUCCUAGACGGCGACGAGGUCAAGUUCGUCAUGGAGUACGACGAGAGAAAGGGCAAAGAUCGCGCGAUCGAGGUCGAGCGCUACAUCCGCAGCAGUCACUCGCCGCCUCCGCGCUAUGUGCCACCUCCCAGCAACGCGCGGAGAGAAGGCGACUGGGACUGCCCUAGUUGCGGAUUUCAAAAUUGGGCGGUGCGGGAGGAGUGCAUGAAGUGCGGCCUGAAAAAGGACGAUGCUGAAAAGGUCAGGGAAACAAAGGCUGCCGAGGAGGAGAAGAAGAAAGCCCAAGCCCAAAAUGGCAAGGAUGACAAAGCAGACAAGGAGGACAAGAAGGAACGCAGCCGAGACCGCCGAACUCGCCGGAGCCGAGAUCGGCGACGAGGCGACAAGGAUAGGAGCCGAGAAAAAGAUCGCGGGGAUCGUCGAAAUAAGGAACGCAGCAGAGAUCGACGGCGGAGGAGCCGAUCAGAUCGAGGUCGGGACCGCGACCGGCGUCGCCGAGACCGAAGCAGCAGCUGA